GUCGACGACACGGGGAACUCUCAGUUCGUGGUGCUGGGGAGGGACAUGGCCGAAGACCUGCAGAAGGUCCGGAACUGCUCCAUCUGUUACGACCCCUGCAGGCGUCUAGAGAUGUGUCCCUCGAUCCAGGACGCCCUCGCCCCCCAAGAAGUCAACGUGGACCUGGUCCUGGUCCUGGACGGGUCCAGGGAGAUGCAGGCCGAUGAGUACGCCGGCGCCCGGCAGCUGCUGGGCUCUGUGGUACAACAUCUGGCCGUGAGCCCAAACCCCCGCAGGGCCGACAACCAGGCCCGGGUGGCCCUGGUCCAGAGCGGCACCCAGGCUACCAAG